UAUUUGCCGGGGAACAGAGCCAGUGAUGGGAGUGUAUUUUCUACACAGGUUCCUGGGCUGCUGUGCGGCUUUUAUUCAAAAAUAAUCAUUCCGGAGAGCAAUCUGACCUGAUAGCAGCACACGGGCAUUUUACAAGGAGGGCCACGGACAGGACCGAUGUCGGGUUGAGAGCAUUGGGCUUACAGGGCCAGUUAUGGCUCAUGGAAAGAGGCCAGGAACCAUUUCCAAAAUAUUGGCUCCCAGCCCCGGUCCAGGACUCGCUACACAGAGCCGAGAAGAGCAGCGAGGUUUGGUGAGCGAGGCGUCUGAGCAACCACCGCGUAUAUUCAAAGAUGGUGAUAAUGACCAGCUGACUCCUUCUGUCCCUACAAACAACUAUUACAUGAGUUGUGACCCUAGUCCUGAGGACAUGGAGGACACCUGCUCUGAGUACGACAACGUGGGCUCUGAUGUGGAGCAGGACUACGACGAGGUGCUGCAUUUAAACAGAGAGGGCGUAGGGGACACGAGGUACUACAGACAGUACUGUCCUGAAGAUGGUGGCUACAUAAAGUAUGCAGUAAGUGAUAACAUUAAUGAGAACAGCAGUGCUGUUGACCAGUACACACCCAGGCCUCAUCGCAGCACAGAGAUGUGUGAGGGGUCACCAUCAGACACUACGCCUCACAAGACAGGUCAUGGCUUUCGGUCACAUCGUGCACCGGCUGCUGGGGAUGAAGCAGAGGGGAAGGUGGGACAGGCUCAGGAGAACCGGUUCUUUUUCAGUGACGAAGAUGAGAUAGAAGAGGUGCUGGAUGGGGCCAAAUUUAUAGAGGAUUUAGACGAUACAGACAGCAGCGUUCAAAGGCAGACUAGCCUUUAUCAGGACAAUGAGAAUGAACGAAUUAGAAAGGGAGGAGAAGAAAGAGAAAGAGAUGAUGAGACUCGAGUUGCAAGAAACCAUAACAUCCCAGGAGGCAGUAAGAAGAGUGAGUCGUCUCACAUGGGUUCAAAGGAGAAAGACAGGCAGGGCAAAGGACGAGGGAGGAGGGGAACAGGAGAAGACGUGGAGCGUGUUGCCUCUGGGAUCAAAGGAUGCGCGACCAACAGCAUGGAACAGCGUCCGAAGACGUUGUCAAAGGACUGUAAAAAAGUGGCUGCGCGGACCAAAGCCAGGUCUGGUUCCGGAAAGCAGCAUCCUCCCCCACCUCCUCGUCAUUCCCACGAUCAGCCGUCUGCGGACACCCAGAGGGCCCAGCCUCGCAGAGAGGCUCCUCCUGUUCCCAGACCCAGUCCCUCCCCUGUUACCAACUGGGACAGCGAGCCCAGGGUUAUCAAACCAUCCCUGGUCCCCCAUCACACACCAGAACAACAGAGGGAGCCUCUUGAGGAGAGGCAGAAACGCCCAGAGAAAACCCAGCAGGCUGAGAAGCCGAGUACCGCUGUUACAUCUGAGGAUUUGCCAGAACAGCCAGGGAGGCCUCAGUGUCCUGAGCUCGUCCCUGCAGAGGAGAGCGACACACCUAAGGAGGCUGCUGCUUUCCCCAGCUUCGAGGAUGUCCCUGGUCCCUGUGAGCCAGAAGAUCUUAUUGAUGGAAUCAUCUUUGCUGCUAACUACCUUGGCUGCACUCAAGUGUUGUCUGAUAAAAAUCCGUCCAAGUCUGUCCGCAUGUCCCAGGCCCAUGAAGCCGUCAGUCGUAUCAAGAGCCAAGAUGAAGACUCUCAAAUGAUGACAGAAGUGGACCUGUUUAUCUCUACUAAAGCUGUCAAAGUGCUGAAUGCUGACACACAGGAGACAAUGAUGGACAGUGCCUUGCGUACCAUCUCCUAUAUUGCUGACAUUGGCAGUAUUGUGGUUCUGAUGGCACGGAGACGCAUGUCUCAGGCCUCAUCAGAAGAUUUCACAGAAUCUCCCGACUCUGCCAGCGAAGGGAAGAGUCAGUACAGCAUGAUCUGCUAUGUCUUCGAAUCAGAGGAUGCACAGCUCAUUGCACAGUCCAUCGGUCAGGCCUUUAGCGUGGCCUACAGAGAAUUCCUGCGAGCCAACGGCAUCAACCCGACUGACCUGAGCCAGAAACAAUACAGUGACAUCAUUAACUCCCAGGAAAUGUAUCACGAUGACCUCGUCCAUUUCUCAAACUCAGACAACUGUAAAGAGCUGUAUGUGGAGAAGCAGAAAGGGGAGAGCCUCGGUGUAGUGAUUGUAGAGUCCGGUUGGGGCUCCAUUCUGCCCACCGUCAUCUUGGCCAGUAUGCUGAACAGCGGCCCUGCGACUCGCUCUGGAAAACUCAGCGUUGGGGACCAGAUUAUGUCCAUCAAUGACACCAGCCUGGUGGGACUGCCGCUUGCCACCUGUCAGGGUAUCAUCAAGGGACUGAAGAAUCAGGUGAAGGUAAAAAUGAGCAUCGUGAGCUGCCCUCCUGUCACCACUGUCCUCAUCAAGAGACCUGAUCUCAAGUUCCAGCUUGGUUUCAGUGUGCAGAAUGGCAUUAUUUGCAGUCUGAUGCGAGGUGGCAUUGCAGAGCGAGGUGGUGUACGUGUUGGACACAGAAUCAUUGAAAUAAAUGGUCAGAGUGUUGUUGCCAUGGCACAUGAGAAGAUUGUUCAAACCCUGUCUGUCUCAGUGGGUGAGAUCAACAUGAAGACGAUGCCCGCUGUGAUGUUUAGGCUGCUUACAGGACAGGAGACGCCGAUCUACAUAUAGCAGCCCUGCAUGGGUCGGCCCAAUGUGGUUCUGCAUGUCUGGCUUUGUGGAGGUGAUGGACAGACGAUGGACCAGUAGCUCAGUGGGACAAGGAGAAUUUAUUUUUCUAUCAUUUUAUUUUUUCUUUCGGCCCCUUGUUGCAAUGCUGUAAAGAACAUCCAGUUCUCAUUUUCAGGUUUUAUCUUGAAUUACAUUGUCAUAAUGGCCUUACAAUGUGAAUACUGUCUGUAGUACUGUACGUGAGUUCAUGGUGUCGAAGAGAAGUAGCUUUAAGGUCAUGAUUAUUUUCUUAUGAAGAGAUAAAUUAGUACAUUUAUUUUUUAAUUUAGUCAUUUUUAUAAUGUGUACCAAGUUUCAAAAUGUAAUUCUACUGUAAAUACUUUGGAUUACUCAAGGACUCGCUUGGAAAGGCCAUAUUCCUCCUACAGUAUAUGCAUGUUACUCUGAAAAAUCACUGACCAGGGAUUAAUUCUCAAUCUGACGUGAUGAUCUAUGACAGUAAAAGUAUUAAAAAGGAUAUAAUAAUACGCUGUACAAAGCCACUAAACUACAUGUAUUAUGGUGAUGCUGAAGGCCAAAGAAACAUCUACUUUUCAAAGACAUACAGUAUGGGUGAUCAUUACCUUUGCCAGAGUGUACAGUACCAGAAUGUAUCAAAAUGUACAUUACUGAAUGAAUGUAAUGUUACGACACAUUAAGAAUAUAAUCUCACGACU